AUGACGGAGGCAGUUAUCAGCUUUCUUCGCAAUAAGCUAGACUCUUUACUGACGGAACAAGCAAGACUACUCAAAGGAGCAAAAGGAGAUAUCAGAGGCCUCAGGGAUGAAUUAAAUAGCUUGCGAGCCUUCUUGAUGGAUGCUAAUUCAAGGCAGGAGAGUGACAUUGGAGUGAAAACCUGGGUGGAACAAGUGUGUGACUUGGCAUAUGAUAUCGAAGAUGUUCUUGAUGAGUUUGUGCUUGAAACAGAACAAUCCGAGUACUGUGGAGGGUUCUUUGGGUUUAUCUGUAAUGCAAUCCACAAAUCCCCAUGUACUUCAACUCCGAAAUGGAUCUGUGCUCGCCUACAAGAAAUUAAAACAAGAAUUUUCAAGAUAAAAGAAAGGAGCGAGAAAUACCAGUUCAACAACUUGAAGGGAGUUUCAAGUUCCAACAAUGUAUCGCGUGAUCCACGGGUGGUUUCUCUUUAUAUCGAGGAUAUUGAAUUCGCUAUGAUCAAGAAAAUCCACAGGACAACAAAGGAUACUGUGCUAUUAGAAGGAGUCAAUACAAUGGAAGAGGACCAGUUGAUUGAUAUUUUGAGGAAUUAUUUACAAUUAAAGAGAGAAUCAAGUAGUCAUGUCUAUGACUUGAAACCUCUAUCUGAUGGUGAUGCUUGGAAACUCUUUUACAAGAAUGCUUUUCCAUCCUUUAAUUUUGAGAGCCAGUGCUCUCCAGAUUUAGAGGAAUUUCCCUUUAAAAUUCUAAAGAGAUGUGAAUGUUUGCCUCUUGCUAUUGUUACGAUAGCUUCUUUAUUGUCAUUGAAAUACAAGACUGUACAAGAGUGGAAGAAAUUGCAUGACAGUCUUGGACCGGAGUUGGAGAUUAAUCCCAUCCUUGGAAAAUUCAACAAAGUCUUAUUGUUGAGCUACAACAAUCUUCCAUACCACUUAAAACAUUGUUUUCUAUAUUUUAGCAUUCUUCUUGAAGAUUAUGCCAUUACAUCCAUGAGGUUGGGUCGCCUUUGGAUUACUGAAGCUUUUGUUGAAGAAACCAGGGGAAAGACGUUGGAAGAGGUAGCAGAAGACUAUCUCAAUGAACUUAUCCGUAGGAAUUUGGUUCAAAUGGUAGAAAUGAAUGAUUCUGGGUAG